AUGACAGAUCGACACAGCGAGUCGGUUAAGGAGAAACUCUCUCUUAGCCUGGACGAGAUAAUUGCGCUGAACAACAAGCAGCAGAAGCAGCAGCAGCAGAAGCAACAGAAGCAGCAGCAGCAGCAGCAGCAGCAGCAGCAAGCAGCAGCAGGCCCCCAAAGACGCAGACGCAACAACUCUGCUGCUGCUGCUGCAGCACCAUAUGCACAACGGGGCCCCCGUCAACCCUAUUUUCACAAUGGAAUACCGGCGGUGGGAUACUCUGUGAAGGUCUUGGGCCUGCCAGUUGGUCUGCCAUGGCCUCGACUGGAGGGAAUGCUGCGAAGGGCCUUUGGGCACUGCGGUGCCAUCAUAGCAGUCGUUCCGCGGCGAGACGGAGAGGCCUGGAUCCAGUUUGCUGACGUCUCGGCCUGCAGAGUGGCUCUAGCGGAAAUGCAGAGCGCCAAAAUUGGGGGACAGACAGUCACUGUAGAGAGGGUUGGUGUCGAGGGUUUAGGGGCAACAGAGUCGCGACAGGCGCUGCUGCUGCUGCUGCUGUGGGGGCCCCCUGGGGGGUUCAGGGGGCCCUGUGGGGCAGGGGGCCCCCCCCUCCUUAUAGCUAUCCUGCUGCUGCUGCUGCUGCUGCUGCUGCUGCUGUAA